AUGGCUCGAUCACGGAGCACAUUUGCUUUGGGCCUCGGGCUCCUUUGUUGGAUCACUCUUCUCUUCUCCCCCCUGGCUUUGGUCAAGACCGCCCAGGCUAGCACUCCUGACGACGUUGGCGUCGCCAUUGGUAUUGAUCUGGGCACGACUUUCAGCUGCGUCGGUGUGAUGCAGAAUGGCCAGGUCGAGAUUCUCACCAACGAUCAGGGCAACCGAAUUACCCCUUCCUUUGUCGCCUUCGCAGACGGAGAGCGUCUGGUUGGUGACCCCGCCAAAAAUCAGGCCGCCAACAACCCUGAAGGAACUUUUUUUGAUGUCAAGCGUCUGAUGGGCACAAAGUUCAGCGACACGGCCGUCCAGAAAGAUAUCAAGAACAUGCCUUUCAAGGUUGUCGAUAAGGAGGGUAAGCCCGCGAUGCGACUCGAAAAAGAAGACGGCACCACAUAUUACACACCAGAAGAAAUCUCUGCCAUGAUUCUAGGCAACCUUAAAUCGACUGCCGAGAGGUACUUGAACCACGAGGUCACUCAUGCCGUCAUCACUGUCCCCGCCUACUUCAACGACAAUCAACGCCAGGCUACCAAAGAUGCCGGCACUAUCGCCGGUCUCCAAGUCCUGCGACUUGUUAACGAACCCACCGCAGCCGCUCUCGCCUACGGUCUGGGAAAGUCGGAUGAGGAGCGUACCAUCCUUGUUUUCGAUUUCGGUGGUGGCACUUUGGAUGUCUCCAUUCUUGUCAUCGACGAGGGUGUUUUCCAGGUCCUGGCUGUUGCCGGUGACUCCCAUCUUGGUGGUGAAGAUUUGACCAAUAGCCUCGUCGACCACUUCGCCGAGUCCUUUAAAAAGGAGCACAAGGUCGAUAUUACCAAGAACAAGAAAGCCAUGGCUGUACUCAAGCGUGAAGCCGAAAAGGCCAAGCGUGCUCUGUCCUCUCAAACGACAGCCACCGUAAACAUUGAUCAUUUCCACGAGGGCAAGGACUUUUCCCACACAAUCACCCGCGCCAAGUUCGAACAGCUCAACCAGCGCCACUUUGAGGCCACAAAGAAAGUCGUCAAGCGGGCUCUCAAGGACGCCAACUUGACGCCGGAAGAUAUUCGAGACGUCGUCCUCGUCGGUGGCUCUACCCGCAUCCCCAUGGUUCAGGACAUUGUUAAGAAAAUAACUGGCAAGGCACCCUACACGGGCAUCAACCCCGACGAGGCUGUCGCAUACGGUGCCGCUGUUCAGGCUGGUAUUCUUACUGGACAGGACGGUACUGACGGCGUCGUCCUAAUGGAUGUCAACCCUCUCACUCUAGGUAUUGAGACCACUGGCGGAGUCAUGACGAAGCUGAUUCCCCGCAACACUGCCAUCCCUACACGCAAGAGCCAGAUUUUCUCUACCGCUGCCGAUAACCAGCCCGUGGUCCUGAUCCAGGUCUACGAGGGUGAGCGAAUUGCGACCAAGGACAACAACCUUCUUGGCAAGUUUGAGCUUACUGGGAUCCCUCCCGCGCCUCGCGGUGUUCCCCAGAUCGAGGUUAUCUUUGAACUUGAUGCCAACGGCAUUCUCAAGGUCUCUGCUCACGACAAGGGCACUGGCAAGCAGAAGUCCAUCACCAUCACCAACGACAAGGGCCGUCUCACCCAGGAGGAAAUUGACCGCAUGGUUGCCGAGGCUGAGAAGUACGCAGAGGAGGACAAGGCCACCCGAGAGCGUAUCGACGCCCGCAACGGUCUGGAGACGUACGCUUAUAACCUCAAGAACCAGGUCAACGACGCCGAGGGUCUCGGCGGCAAGAUCGAGGAGGAGGACAAGGAGACUAUUCUGGAUGCCGUUAAGGAGGCUCUUGAGUGGCUCGACGAGCACGGCCAACAGGCUUCUGCCGAAGACUUUGAGGAACAGAAGGAGAAGCUGUCCAACGUGGCUUAUCCCAUCACCUCGAAGAUGUACGGUGGUGAUGGGCCUGGUGGAAGCGAGGAAGCCGAGUCUGAUGUCCACGACGAACUGUAA